AUGUCAGCAGCUUCAGAUAUCCAAGAGCUAGAGACUCGUCUGGUCAAAGCAAAGGCUACUAUUUUCGUCACCAUCCGCGCACUAUCAUCGAUCGCUCUUGACCCCGUCAUCGACUCCUCCGCCGCGUUCCCCCCGGACCUCCCUCUGGUCCUGUCCAACCUCCUCAAAUCCUUUCGGCACAGCACCACCUCCCUCGCCCUCUCCUUUAAGCCGCCGCUUACCAUCCCCGCCGCCCUCCAGCAGCUCGACAAGUUCACCAACGAGCUAUGCCAAGCCUCAAGUUGCGUGCUCGUCGCUGCAAGCCAAGGCCGCGCCGGGGUCAUGCUGGACGAAUGGCGAGAUGGGGUCAUGGACAUCUGCACCGAGGCUGUGCGCUUCCUGGAUGUCUUGUUGGAGUCGGCGCAGAGCGGAGCAAGCGGGAGUGGGAAUGAGGAGAAUCCUUACCUCCACCACACCGCGUUGGUGUGGGACAGUAUUGACAGCUUGGCGAAUACGCUAUCUGCGACGGAAGCGGAGGCGGUCAUCAGGCGCUGGAAGAUGGAUACGGCGGUGGUCAAAGACGCCUGGAGCGAGUUCAAGGAGAGCAUAGAGGGGAUGGAGGUGGCGUCUGACCGUGGGGCGGACGAAGGCGGGAAGCAAGGUGAAGCGGAAGACGACGAUGAGGACGAGGAUGACCUUAUGGAUUUUGGGAGCGAUACGAUCACGAGAACAGAAAUGGAGACUGUCGAAUCUAUCAAACCUCUCCUCCAGCUCCUGCAGAUUCUUCAUGGCUUCCUACCGCGCUACAUGCCCUCCCUCGAUCUUACAAACGGCCGCGGUCGAGCCAUAGUCAAAUGCUCCAACAGCUUCAUCACCGCCUUCGACGAACUCGUCUGCGCAUUGUACCCCGAACACUCAUCAGCAGUGAUCGACGAUGCGCUGAAAGAAGUGGAUGGCGCUGUGAGAGAAACGUCAGAAUUGCUGAGGGCCGGUGGGAUCGGCAAGGAUGGAUUAGAAAUCCUGGAGAAAUGGGAAGGGAAGAUGAAGGGGGAGAAGCAGAAGUGGGAUGAGAGGAGACUGGGAUUAGGAGGACUAGCAGAUAGUCUUGGAUGA